UCUUUAAAAUCAAGAAUAUCUAGUUUCCCAAAUUCAUAUUGUUUUCGUCUUCCAUUAAGUUUUUGCUCUCUGUCUCUUUCUUUCAGCGUCUGAUUAAUGGCUGGGAAACUUAUGCAUGUAGUUCAGUUUGAAGGUUAUGGAGGUGGAGCUGCUGGAUUAAAGCAUGUGGAAGUUCCUGUACCUUCUCCAAAGAAAGAUGAGGUUUUGCUAAAGCUGGAAGCGACAAGUAUAAAUCCAAUGGAUUGGAAACUUCAGAAAGGGUAUUUGCGACCGUUUAUGAUACGCAAGUUCCCUUACAUACCAGGUACUGAUGUUGCAGGUGAGGUGAUAGAGGUUGGUCCAGGAGUCGAUAACUUUAAAUCUGGUGACAAAGUAGUAGCUUUUCUUAGCCAUGCUAGUGGAGGCGGAUUAGCUGAAUAUGCAGUGGCUUCGAAAAGCUUGACAGUUGAAAGGCCGCAUGAAGUAUCUGCCGCUGAAGGUGCUGGCUUACCUGUAGCAGGUCUUACUGCACUCCAAGCCCUGACUGAUGCAUCAGGGAUCAAGCUAGAUAGCUCAGGGAAACAUACUAACAUCCUUAUCACAGCUGCCUCAGGUGGAGUUGGCCAGUACGCUGUCCAGCUUGCACAGCUCGGAAAUGUUCAUGUCACAGCAACCUGUGGAACACGUAACAUUGAUUUUGUCAAGAGUUUAGGGGCGGAUGAAGUUCUCGAUUAUAAAACCCCAGAAGGGGCAUCCCUUAAAAGCCCAUCAGGAUGCAAGUAUGACUUUGUCAUCCACUGUGCGACAGGCAUUCCAUUUUCUACCUUUGAGCCCAAUUUAAGUGAGAACGGUAAAGUGAUUGAUAUUACUCCUGGUCCUACUUCCCUGAUGGUAUCUGUAUUUAAAAAGUUGACAUUUUCGAAGAAGGGAUUGGUGCCACUGGUUAUGACUCCAAAGAGCGAGAACUUGACAUAUCUAGUUAAUUUGGUGAAAGAAGGAAAACUUAAGACGACCGUUGAUUCAAAGCAUCCAUUGAGUAAGGCUGAAGAAGCAUGGGCAAAGAGCAUAGAGGGCCAUGCCACAGGAAAGAUAAUUGUGGAGCCCUAAGCACCAUUUUCGCUGCACCACCUUUAUGACCAGCAUGAUAUACUCAAUACUUACAUAGAAUGUUACAAACAUCACUUUCGUGUAUGUCAUCUGGAAAUGUAACUUUUUUUCAUCCGAAUCUGAAUAUGUUUGUAAUGUAAGGAGAGUUUAAUUCUUAUGCACUCUGGAUCCACAAAGAUGUACUACUAGUACACUACUAUAUUUAGGUUUCUUUCAA